AUGGAUGCAAAGCCUAGCUUCGGCCAGGCCAACAACGAAAAUAUGAUUCCUGCUGUCUUUGGCGUGGACCAACGAAACAAGGCUCCCGGUGUUCCCAUUGCCAAGUCUGCGGCAGAGGGCCUCAGACCCAACGCAAAACGGACAGCUUUUGGGGAUGUCAGCAAUGUCCUGAGCGUAGUCUUCAGCACCAGCAACGAAAUUGGUAAGGUAGCCGGAACACAUGCCACUGCCGCUACGCUCGUGGAUGGCAACUACCCGGUGUCAGCUUCAUUGGCCCAGCAUAGCAACGCCAAUAGGGCCAAGCAAAGCCCACGGCAGCACAAGAGCCAGCCCUGCCUUAAGAGCGCACUGGACCAGCAGGUGCAAAAGAAGAUUCUACGCCGAACCCAGAGCCGGCUUCCGGAAGACCGUCCGCAACUGAAGGAUGUUGUCGUCUUCACUGACUACAAGACUGCUGCCGGUCUCGAGCUCGAUGGUCUCAGUGAAAGCGACUUUCACGACGCCGAUGCCGAUGAUGCACCAUAUGUCAACGCUGUUGGAGCCAUCAAUAAAAUUGUGAUGCCUGCUUCGGACAACAAUACCGGCAAUGUUCGGGCCCAUGACGAAUAUGUGGCAGUCGGGGCUCACCAAUUACUAGAGCAGGCACCACUGGCUCAGAGCGAAUUUCACACGGCGGACGAAGAACAUCUGGAUUUUCUCUCAGAAGUUCCCACAGUUCCAACUGGUGGUGCCGCUGAAGCAGAAGAGCCUUGGGAGGACGACGGCGAUUUUUACGAGGAGCAGGGCUACACAACCGCUCACUCUUUCCGCUCACUAGGCGACAAUACGACGGGUGGCUCGACAACUAUCAUGAUGCCCAAAGUGACGGCUAGGAUCCAGAACGAGUUGGAUCUUGCCCGGUCCAUUGUCGAGGCGUCCCUUACUCCCGAGGAGAUCGACGACGAAGCAUGGGACAUUAGUAUGGUCGCCGAAUACGGAGAGGACAUCAACGACUACAUGCGGGAGCUUGAGGCAAAGAUGCUUCCUAGUCCUCACUAUAUGGACAUGCAGACGGAGAUCCAAUGGUCGAUGCGCGCCGUGUUGAUGGAGUGGUUGAUUCAAGUCCACGCACGCUUCAAUCUGCUGCCGGAAACCCUAUUCUUGACGGUCAACUACAUUGACCGGUUUUUGUCGUCCAAAAUCGUGUCCGUGAACAAGCUGCAACUGGUCGGCGCCACAGCUAUUUUCAUCGCAGCGAAAUACGAGGAGAUCGUUUGUCCGUCGAUUCAGGAGAUCGUGUACAUGGUCGACGGCGGUUACACUGCGGACGAGAUUCUCAAAGCCGAGCGCUUCAUGCUUAGUAUGCUUGGCUUUGAGCUUGGUUGGCCCGGUCCCAUGAGCUUUCUUCGUCGCAUUAGCAAGGCCGACGAUUACGACUUGGAGACACGGACUCUGGCCAAGUACUUCCUGGAGGUGGCCGUUCUGGACGAACGAUUCGUGGCCAGUCCAGCCAGCUUCUUGGCUGCCGGAUCUCACUGCCUAGCCCGCCUCAUGCUGCAUAAAGGCGAUUGGUCUAUGGCCCACACACACUAUUCUGGUUACACAUGGGGCCAGGUCCGGCCAUUGGCCAAUGUGAUGAUUCAUUGCUGCCGAGAUCCACAAGCACACCAUGCAGCUGUUUACGAGAAGUACGCCAGCAACAAGUUCAAGAAAGCAUCCAUUUUUGUCGAGGAAGAGCUCCGCAGAGGUUUUUCCAUGCCACCUCCGCACAUGCAUCGGCAACGGUCGUCACUGACGGACUCGUUUACCGACAACCUGAGCGAUUCCAUUGGACCGCUCCGCUCCAAUCACCUGGACAUACUGAUUCAAGCGCAAAGCUGA